CAUGCUUCUCACUCCUCCCUUGUCAGCCAUGCGUCCUGGGUCCUCGUUCCUCCCUCCUUCAUAUUCAGCCCUGCUCCCUGAUUAUAGUUACUUGUUCUUGCCAUUUGUCUUAGCCAAUAGGUGUUUUAGGUUUUUUAAUUGUAGCUGUGAAAUUCGACCUACAGCUGAGGAGUAAGUACCCAGAUUGGAUGGCUGGGGAGGGAGGACCAAGGUUGGAUGGCUGAGGAGGGAGAAGUGAGGAGCAGGAUGUGACAGCUGAGAAGGGAGGCAGGCGAUGUUGCAUUCCUCUAGCAUAGGAGAUUGCAUACAGGAGAUGGAUUUCCCCUGACGACGUCCUAAUAUGUGUUCCGUACCACAUAGCCCUAUCCUUGGGCAAACAGCACUGCUGGUAGCGUUCUGAAUUUUACCAUUAUAUAGUAGGGAUGCACCGAAUGCACUAUUUUGGAUUCAGCCUUUGUGAAAGAUUCAGCCAAAUACCAAACCGAUCCAAAUUCGCAUAUUCAAAUCACAGAAGGCUUCGACUUAACCGGAAACUUUUCCACCCUGACUGUGCUGACUAUGUCUGGAUGGGACUACGCGGACGUUUUCGGCGAGAUCGGACGCACUGCCACAAAACGCAUAAAACAAAUCGCAUGCGACGGAAAUAAGAAAAAGCAAACAACUUCCCUCCACUUCCUCGCUUUAUACCGCUCAAGCCAUGUUUCUACCAAGAUUUUGAGAAUGAGAUCCCAGACCUUCAUCGGACCACUGCCAAACGUCUCUACUCCCUGUGGAUGUUGAAUAGCAUCACUUUAGGGGUGAAUCUAAUUGGCUGCAUGGCGUGGUUAAUUGGAGGAGGCAGUGCCACUAACUUUGGCCUGGCAUUUCUGUGGCUCAUCCUCUUUACACCCUGCUCCUAUGUCUGCUGGUUCAGACCUGUUUACAAAGCUUUCAGGUCAGACAGCUCAUUUAAUUUCAUGGCUUUCUUCUUCACAUUUACCGCCCAGCUGGUGAUCAGUAUAAUCCAAGCUGUUGGCAUUCCAGGCUGGGGUGUCUGUGGCUGGAUUGCUACAAUUGGUUUCUUUGGUAAAAGUGUUGGAGCUGCAGUGGUAAUGCUAAUCCCAACCAUCAUGUUCACUGCCGUGGCUGUCCUCUCCUUUGUGGCACUGAUUAAGGUUCAUAGGUUUUACCGGGGUGCAGGCGGUAGUCUUGGCAAGGCACAAGAAGAAUGGACCACUGGAGCUUGGAAGAAUUCUCAGCAGGCAGCUCAGAAUGCGGCACAAGGUGCCAUGACACCGAAUGACCCUCGGUACUCGGCAACACCAAAUUAUGGCUACUCUAAUCAAAUGUAAGGCUGUUUAAAAACCAGCAAAAAUACAUUCCUUGGGAAAGAAGGGCUUUUCCUACCCCCUGUGCCCUAGUAGCUAAGUUGUCUUUUUUUAUUCCUCCUGUUUACUUUAUAACAUGGUGUGUAAUUAGGUGUGGCUGUAUAUACGUGUCCCAGAAAGAAUGUGUCUCUGGGUACAGCAAAAUUGCCAAAAGGAAAAUUAUGUUUACAUGCAAAUAGCAGAAUUGGAACGAAAAGUUCCAAAGUAUAUAGCUUUAUUAAGCAUGGUGUAGGAAAGAACUACUACACAAAUAGUUGGUUGCUAGUAGUGGAUCUAUUGGGCACUGAACUAACGUAGAUCGAUCUUCCCCUGACUUUAAACUUUAGAGGUCAUCGCUGCCUAUCGGUAACCAACAGCAGAACAAUUAUAAUAGUGUUUUUCUUUCAUUUACACUGUGGUUACACAUUGCCCACUGAGAAGCUCUUUGUAUAAACAAACCCCUCUGUAAAUUAAUAUCCUGUAAAUGAUAUCCUUAUAAAUGGCUUUUAUUGAUGUCAUCAGUUAUAAACGAAGCUUAGUGAUGUCAUUUGUCACAUGACUCACUAAAACAUGUGUAUUAUAAUAAAGUACCCCUUGUUGGAAAAUAUGAGGAUAUUAGAAGUAACCUCGGAGUUCCACAACCUGUCUAAAAGCCUUGUGCAAUAGGGGGUACUUUAUUUAAAAAAAAAAAAAACAUAUGUAUGUGUAUAUCUACACAUAUAACCUUUAAAAAAGCACUCUGCCUUUUGCAUUGUACCUUUUAUAUGGUCAUAAACUUCCUCUUAUAAUAUCCUUACAUUUUACAAUAGGGGGUACUCCAGACCCCCUAGUGGUCAUAUAGGGGGUACGUCUGUUACACAUAUAUAAUGAUAUUAGAAGUCACCUGGGGGCAAAUUCACUAAGAAUCGAAGUUGCGCCAGGCGCAACUUCGCCGCACUUCGCCAGGCGAAUUUUCGCCAGCGCUACG